AUGGUUACCACUGGAUUGAGACACACAGAUAGCCCAUUCUGGCAUAACGGACAACUCUUCUUCGUAGGACCGUCAACACAUAACCUCUGUUCCUAUCGUACAUCCGAUCGACGCGUAUUUUGCGCUCAUAUAGGUACCGGUUUCAUAUCAUUUGCUGUUCCUGUUCAUAAUAUUCCCCAUCUAUAUUUGGUGUCUUAUGAUAAGAAACUCGUAUUUCUUACAUGGAACAGUCACCGAAAUUCUGUAGCUCCUUUCUUUGAGAUAAUUAAAGACGCCCAGGGGGUUCCAGUCGGCGAGAAUGAAAUCCACGAAGACAGGAUGAGUUAUGGAACUAUCGACCCGCAUGGAAGACUAUGGUUUGGUACGAUGAACAAUCGAGGACCAUCUCGUGGCAGUGUGUGGUCUUACAAUCCGAUUUUUCCACCGCAUCUUACGGAGCAGUUUAACAAGCCAAAUCUUAGACCACAUAGGCAUGAGGGAAAUAAUUAUAGCAAUGGAAUUAGCUGGUUCAUUAAGAUAGGACAACCAACCAGAGUCUACUACAAUGAUGCUCUUUCAAAUAAAAUCCAAUUGUACUUUUAUGACCUAAUUAACGGAGUUCUUGAAAAUUUCGUUGAAACAAUCUUUGACUUGAAUCAGUUCCAUCAAUAUGGUAUCAACGGCUCGCAUUGCCACAUAGGUCGUAUGACAACUGAUCUCAGAGGUUGGCUCUGGGUGCCUCUUAUUGGGGGUUCAGGAGUCCUUGAAAUUGAUCCAUAUGAAAAACAAGUGCAUCGAUUUAUUCCCAUACCUGCACACGCAGUCACUGCAUGUGCUUUCGGAGGUGUUGACGGCAGUACAUUAUAUGUAACAACAUUAGGAUCUGGUCCUCGUCAAAGAGGUCCAAAUGCCGAUCAGGGUGGUGAGAUUUUCGCCGUCUCUAGACUUGGCUUAGGCGUUUUUGGAACUGAAGCCAGAGGAUUCUUAUCGACUCAAAGUGCACCUAAUUAA